ACUCAUUCAACAGCAGACGCGUAUACAUAUAAAACUCGCAUUCAUGUCGUUGUGAAAUAGGGACCAUUUUUUGCUUAUAUUUUUUUUUGUCAUGUAUCAGAAUGACUUUUUUCUGGGUUCAGCAGUUGGUCCAAAAAUGCCGAGGAAUAGAUAUGUUUAUAGUAGCGACAUAAAUCGAGAAUAUCCAGUAACUAGAACUGGAUCAGCACGAAAACAUUUUCCUGGGAGAGAAACUUUGGUAGAAGAACGUCGCUUUGCUGCAUAUGGAACAAAAAAUGUGCCAUUUAAUAACAUAUUACGUUCUGGGGUGCAUGUCUACAACGAGAGAGAAAUUGAUGACGUUGUAGCGGGUGUCUCGUACACAAACUUCAUGGAUGGAGAGUACACGGGUGAAUCCCACCCUGACGAUGAGGAUACAUUAGAAGUUAUUGAUACUAACAAUGUCGUACGCAAUUUGACCGCUGUAGGUCGUUUUUUGGAAAUGUUGCAGGGCCUACCAUUGCCAUGUCUAUCGCUGACCACUUCGUGCAUAUGUUUCAUUAUAGCUAUAUUUAUAUCACCACGACCCUGCGCUCAAAAUAUUAUCUAUCCCGUUUUCAGAUUGUCGUUUGGUACUUUAUAUCCAGCGUAUGCCUCCUAUAAAGCAGUGCGCACAAAGAAUGUUAAAGAAUACGUCAAGUGGAUGAUGUAUUGGAUCGUGUACGCAUUUUUCACUUGCACUGAAACUUUUACCGACAUCUUCCUAUCAUGGUUUCCGUUCUACUAUGAAGUUAAAGUUGUCAUUGUGCUCUGGUUAUUGUCGCCUGCAACGAAGGGUAGUUCAACUCUGUACAGAAAGUUUGUUCACCCUAUGUUGACACGUCGUGAACAGGAAAUUGAUGAGUAUCUCAACCAAGCCAAAGAACGCGGAUAUUCUGCUGUAUUACAACUAGGUUCUAAGGGCGUCAAUUACGCCACAAAUGUUAUUAUGCAAACUGCCAUUAAGGGUGGUGGUAAUCUGGUGCAAACUAUACGUCGCAGUUACAGUUUAAGUGAUCUCUCAGAACCUGAUGUUCAUCGUACUCAAGAUGAGAUUGAUGAUGUUGUAACAAUGAGACCUCAACAAAGAAUGUUACGUCCUCGGCUACAUACACCAGUAGGUCGAUCAACAUCAGGUACUCGUCAUUCGACUGGUAUGUACUUUGCGGAAGUCGACGUCACAACCAAGGGCUCAGGAGAUUUAAAUUAUAACAUCCGUUCAUCAGACGACAUAAGUUCAGGUUAUUCCAGUGCCGAACCUAUUGCUGGUGGUUUGAGUCGUACGUCAUCCAUGACAAAUGCUUCCAAAACUCGAGGAAAGGCAAAACGUUCUGAGGUGGAUGUUUUAGCUGAUGGCACUGAUUAUUGUGAUGAAAAUGAUCUAAAUUUGCCACACCGUUUAGAUGUUACGUCAUCACUACCAUUAGUUAAUAAUUUUGUGGAUGUUGAUGAGCCUGAAGGCUUGGAGGAGUCUGAUGAAUAUUUUGAAACAAAAUCUAACGGUUCAGUGGAAAAGGGUUCAGAUGAUGACAAUGUCAAAAUGCAAAGUUCUAACAAAACAGACACAAAAUACGACGAAAAUGAACUCAAUAUAAGCAAGUUACGUUUUAGCCUGAAGGAGAUUGAAAACAAUUUUAGAGAAAAUAUAACGAAUUCAUCAACAACGCCACACAUAGCCAACUCAAACCUACGUUCAUAUACCCACAACAAGGGUAAAGCACCAAAACCACCCCAACAGCAUGAUACCUCUUAUAAUGUGCCACAAUCGCUAAAUGAAAUUAUGCCUAGAAAUGAAUCUACCAAUAUAAAGGAAACUGAAAUCUAAAAAUGUAUUCGGAUAAGAUGUCGGCUAGUUGCACUACUUUGCCUCGUAGCAAAAAAGCCGAAAAAGCUAUUGCUGCUACAACAACAUCGAUCAAAACAC